CUGGCUGCGAGUCGGCUGCGCUCGUCUGUCUCGAUCGUCUGGCUGUGUCGUCUGCUUCGUUUCAAGCCGUGUCGUCUGCUUCGCUUUCGGAGACGACACCGCAGUCGUGUUCGUGUGUUGUUUACCGACAGCGCAGUGCAAGGGAGUGCGACGUGUAUGCCUUGGAAGCGUGGUUGCCGGCGGUAACCAUCAUCACAACCCCCUUUUCCUCCCCCCUCCUCCUGGUAUCAGCGUGCCCCAAUCUGAAGUGGAGAGCCUGUCAGUGCCGCCCUGCGCAGGCGCGCGUUCAGUCGAGGUUGCCUUCUGUGGCUCUGCUGAGCACGGGCCGUCGCCAGCCUGCUAAGUGACACUGCAACGCUUACUUAUCUUCUACCGAGAUAACUUUUUUAUUAUUCAAUCGACGGAGAAAUAGCACGCCCCCUUCGGUUAAACGACAGGGUGCCCCAUCUCUUGAGUGCACUGAGUGGAUCGUCUGCAACCGCGUCGAAGGCUCUCCCGAUCAGGCCUGGUAGUCCAGAAGUGGACCCACACUGUUCCCGAACCGUUCUUGUUCCCUUCUGCGAGCAACGGCACCGUCUGUUGCUGAUUCGUCCAGAGGGUGCACCGCCUGGAAGGUUUGAGACCGAAGAAUACUCCUUUUGGUACAAGAAAGAACGUCUCAUCCGUGGUUUCGCAGUAGCCGGGAUUUCUUUUCACGCCGCAGUGAUAUUCCGGGAUAUCUGCAAAUCCCCGAGUCAUCGCACCGGCUUUUCCUAUACUGUUCGACGAAGCACUCUGAGCUGUGCGUCUGACGUCACUCGGCGGAGUGUCCCGGCCAGAAGAAGUCGGCGUUCUACUGUUGACUGACCGUCGCGACUUACUGGCUGGGGAAAAAAAAAAAAACUCUCGCCUCCCGGACCCGUACACGGCGUGUGCUGCUCCUGCGCCGCGCAGUUUCCGUUGUUUAGCCGAGUGCGCCCCGUACGUGUUAGUCACAGCCGGCAACCGACCACUUCGCUGCUGGGUUUACACAUCUCCUGCGGUCAGACAUGGGCGCCGGUCUCUGCAGCCGUUCGGCCAAGUGGCAACCUGGAAAAGAGGCAGACAUAGGCCUUAUUGGCCUGGCGGUCAUGGGACAGAACCUGAUCCUGAACAUGAAUGACCAUGGCUUUGUGGUAUGUGCCUUCAACAGAACGGUCGAGAAAGUGGACGAGUUCCUCAAGAAAGAGGCAAAGGGGACUAAGGUUAUCGGUGCCCACUCCCUUGAUGAAUUUGUCUCCAAGCUCAAGACUCCACGCCGAAUUGUUCUGCUUGUCAAAGCUGGAGAGGCAGUCGACGGCUUUAUCAACAAGCUGGUACCUCUGCUCGACAAAGGCGACAUCAUCAUUGAUGGUGGCAACUCGGAGUACCAGGACAGCGAGCGCCGCUGUGAGGCCCUCAAAAGCAAGGGCAUCCUCUUCGUGGGCUCUGGAGUGAGCGGCGGUGAGGAAGGUGCACGCCAAGGCCCGUCGCUCAUGCCUGGCGGCAACCCCGAUGCCUGGCCCCACAUCAAGGAAAUCUUCCAGAGCAUUUCUGCAAAGGCAGAUGGAGAGCCAUGCUGUGAUUGGGUUGGUGACGGUGGCUCGGGUCACUUUGUCAAGAUGGUCCACAAUGGCAUUGAAUAUGGUGACAUGCAGCUCAUCUGUGAGGCCUAUCACCUCAUGAAAAACGCAGCUGGUCUGAACCACGACCAGAUGAGCGAGGUUCUUGCCAAGUGGAACAAGGGUGUUCUUGACUCAUUCCUAAUUGAAAUCACAAGCAACAUUCUCAAGUUCAAGGACACUGACAAUGAGCCCCUUGUGACAAAGAUCAGAGACUCUGCUGGGCAGAAAGGAACAGGCAAGUGGACAGCAAUAUCUGCACUCCAGCAUGGAAUUCCAGUUACAUUGAUUGGAGAGGCUGUAUUUGCCCGUUGCCUGUCUUCACUCAAGGACCAGAGGGUUGAGGCGAGCAAGAUUUUGUCCGGCCCUACUGGAAAGCUGACUGGUGACCCCACGGAGUUUGUCGAGCACAUUCGGAAGGCACUGUAUGCUUCCAAGAUUGUGUCCUAUGCCCAAGGCUUUAUGCUUCUGCGAAGUGCAGCCCAGGAAUACAAGUGGAACCUUAACUACGGGGCCAUUGCUUUGAUGUGGCGUGGUGGCUGCAUUAUCCGGAGUGCCUUCUUGGGCAACAUCAAGGCAGCCUUCGACAAGAACCCCGCACUGAGCUGCCUGCUGCUCGACAGUUUCUUUGUGGAUGCCAUCCGCGACUGCCAGACUUCCUGGCGCCAUGUGGUGGCCACUGCUGCACAGCUAGGCAUCCCCACGCCAGCAUUCAGCACUGCACUGGCCUUCUACGACGGAUUCCGCUCGGACACUCUGCCGGCCAACCUCAUUCAGGCCCAGCGGGACUACUUCGGGGCGCACACGUACGAGCGACUCUCCGAGCCCGGCAAGUUCAUCCACACGAACUGGACCGGUCAUGGUGGCAAUGUCUCCUCGUCGUCUUACAACGCGUGAUCUCUGCGGCCUCGGCCAAUCUUGCCUCCCUGCCCUUCCCCCUCCCCUCCACACAAGUGGUCCUCUCCUCCUCACCCAGAAGGCUUGUCACUUUUUGACGCCAGUUUUGAAAUAUAGUAGUCUUAUAUUGUGUUUAAAAUAAAGAUUUUUAAAGUACAA